AUGUCACACAACGUACUAAUAACUGGGGCCUCCGGGUACCUCGGCGGAGAUCUCCUUGCUCAGAUAGGCGCUGCAAACCUGCCGCCUUACGGAAAGUUAUUCGCAUCCGUACGAACAGCCGAGCAAGCGGAAGCCGUCCGACAGUACGGCGCCCAGCCGCUAUUUUUCAAUCUAAAGGAUAGGUCGGAGAUCCGGACCGCCGUCGUCGAUAACGAGAUCACGGUGGUUUAUUAUCUGAUCGACGCCAUACAACCCGAGCCUCCUUUAUUCUUCAUCGAAGCGCUUGCCGAGGUCAAGAAAAUAGUCGGACGUACCGUUCAUUUCUUACAUACUACAGGGGCCAAGCUCUUUUCUAGCCAUGCUGACGCCCCGACUGACCGUCCCCUUUUGGAUACUGAUCCGCUGUUAUAUGAUAUCCAAAAGGCUCAGAGCCCGAGGCUUAGUGUAGCCCAACAGGGCGUUAGAACCAACUGCGCGGUGGUAGAGGAAGCUGAGAAACAUGGGGUUCACGGUUAUGUCUUUGUGCCCUGUAUCGUGUACGGGAAAAGCAAGGGGUUUGGCGACCCCGUGUCCACCCUGCGACAGAUAUAUAUGAUUGUGCGGUCCGCAAAAACAUUGGGACGCGUGUACCGCGUUGAUUCUGACAGGCCGGAAUGGCCUGUAUGUCACAUACACGACAACACCACGGCGUACAUAGAACUCCUGCGCAAGAUCCUAGCCGAUGAGAAUCCCAGCCACGGCAAGAACGGCUAUUAUCUUGCUUCUCCGGGUAGCAUUGCGUGGGACGAUCUAUACGACGCAGUAGCCGCGGCCCUCGUCAAGCGCAACAUCAUCGCUGAUGGCUCGGUUGCUCUGGCAGACGAUAGGAUUCUCGGGGAUAUGGGUGCUGCGCUUGGGAUCCCGAAGGAGAUGGUGCCUAUUCAGUUGGGCGGGAAGUGUACUUUCACGGCUCGACGUGCCCGUGAGGAGUUGGGUUGGAAGCCGGUUUAUUCGGCGGAGCAUAUCUUGGAAGCUGCUGAUGCUGAAGUCGGGUGGAUUCUGGGGCAUCUGUAA